AUGAUUCAGGACUGCAUCGAUGGCCUGAUAUGGUCGACUCCUAAUCUUGGGCGCUUGGACGGCUAUCCCGACGUCAAAGUGGUCUACCGCACGGACUGGAACAAAGACAAGGUUGCCGUGCUUUGCGGGGGUGGCGCCGGCCACGAGCCAAUGCACGGCGGCUUCGUGGGGCGAGGUAUGCUCACGGCAGCGAUUUCUGGUGAGACCUUUGCAUCUCCCUCCAUCGACGCCGUCCUGGCUGCCAUUGUCCAAGUGACUGGCCCGAAGGGCUGUCUACUCAUCAUCAAGAACUACACCGGAGACCGACUCAACUUCUCGUUGGCAGCACAGCGAGCGCGUUCGAUCUAUGGCUUGGAGGUGGAGACGGUCAUCACCAAGGACGACGUUGCCACCACUGCCGAGCGAGGCAUAGCCGGCACUCUCUUCGUUCACAAGGUGGCCGGUGCCAUGUCCGAAGAAGGCAAAUCUCUCAGUGAGAUCAAGGCAAAGGCUGAGGAGAUCAUCACCCAAACGGUUAGCCUCGGUGUGUCCUUCUCCGUGGUACGCCGACUGAAAGCCGAGUCCAUUGGCCUUGGCAAGAUGGAGGUCGGGCUCGGCAUCCACGGGGAGCCAGGGGCACGCACGGAGUCGCGAGCGGAGGCCAACAAGGUCAUGGAGGUGCUUCUGGAAGGCCUUGAGGCCGGUCGCGCCGCACGGCAGCUCCCAGCGCCCGAGGAUGGCGUCAUCUGCCUGGUGAACAACCUUGGCGGCGUCCCGCCUCAGGAGAUGUGCAUCCUUGUUGCAGACUUGAUGCGUUCCAAGUGGGGGCCCAGUGUCAAACUGCUCAUUGGCCCGGGACUGCUUUGCACCUCAUUGGAUAUGAAUGGCGUUUCGAUCUCCCUGCUGCCCUGGAGCGCAGCCAUGGCGAAGCUAAUCCAGGAGCCAACGGCGGCCGCCGCGUGGCCUGCUGCCGUCGUGCCUGAGUUUCCGGCACCGGCAGCAAUCGCCGUGCGUGACUGUUUCGAAGGUGUCACACCAUCUUCAGACGAGCAGGUGAAGACCAUUCUGGAGAAAGUCUGCAAGGCUUUGAUUGCUGCCAAAGAGAAGCUCGAUGACUUGGACAGCAAGGUGGGUGACGCAGAUUGCGGUUCCACCAUGGCCAAAGCUGCCAGCUCUGUCUUGGCAGAUCAGGAGCGAUUGCCCCUCGCCGACCCCAAGGCGUUGUGCGGCUGCCUCUCUGAUAUUUUGGGCAGGACCAUGGGCGGCUCCAGCGGCGUUCUUCUGAGCAUCAUGUUCAUGGGAAUGUCUGGUGCUCUGGGGAAAGAGGCGAACAGCUGGUCGACCUCCGGCCCAAAAGCCUUCAUGGCUGGUCUGGAGGCCAUGAUGCACGCAGGCGGCGCGGGCAAAGGUGCCCGGACGAUGCUCGAUGCGCUGCUCCCAGCGGCCGAGGCGCUCCUGGCGGACCGAGGCCUCCAAGGUGCUGCAGAAGCGGCCAAGGCCGGCGCCGAGGCUACGAAGGAGAUGAAGCCAAAGGCCGGGCGAUCGGAGAACGUGCCGGAAAGUGUUCUCAAAGGCAAUGCUGAUCCCGGAGCCGUGGCGGCUUCCAUUUUCUUUGACGCCCUGACAUGA